UAGGGUCAUGGGAAAGGUAGGAGGAUAAGUAGAUUCCAAGUUAGGGUGUGGGUUGAAAAUUAACAAAAUCAAAAGGUAGUCAAGGCAAUCAUUGUUCUGGAAACGUUGGUUCUUGGCAAGAUAAGGGUGUUGGCAGUUUGGGAGGUUUAAUCUGGCUCUAAGUUUCCUCCAUUUUGUUGAUAAUAAAGAAAAGGGGUGAAAAUCUCUUCUGCAGCUAGUUCCUCCUGAACAGGGUCUUUGUUUAGGACGUUUGGGUGGAGGGAAUCUGGUGACACCAGACAGCCUGGAGUGCUAAAAUGGACCAGACCCAUUUGUCCAUGACGGACUCGAUUGAUCUCUAUAAAAAGGAAAUGAAAAGGCGCAGUAGCAACGGCCUGGCCACUACAAGUUGUAGAAGAAGAACCAGAGAGAUGAGGAAAGGGACCAGCCAUGAGAAAAGUGAGGAGGCAGGGGACCAGGCCAUGAGGUUCUCUGUUCCUGGAACCAGGUGGCCUGUUCUCAUAGACAUUGAUACCCUCUCUGACUAGUCCUGACUUUUUUUGUAAAAACAGCAGCCUUCUUGAAGAGCUGCACAAAUUCCUCCUUUUUCUGCAGCAAGGAGAUCAAGACACCUCCUGUUUUGAAGGACAACUGCCACGAGGGAAUCUAUUUGAUCUUGGAGGUCCUUGCAGGGGAAGAGUCCUGAGGUCCAGCCCCAGCAGCCAGGGAGUGCCGAAGGAGAGGAUGGGCUACACACAGCGCAGAAAGAACUGGAGCCAACUCCUCAGCUGCAUGCUGCAGAUGACCCAAUUUAUUAAAUGAAAAGCAUCAGUUUUUAUACCAUAUCACAAUCAGGUUUCGUGUAAGAUUUGACAUUAACAUUUGAUUUAAAGCCCUUUCUGUUCCCUCCACCUGAGAUACAAAAAAAAGUUAGUUAAAACAUGUUCCUUUCAACUUUAGAUUUUCCUUCAAGAUUACAAACUUAAAGUUUCACACUGUAUUUUUCUUAAAAGGUCAACAACAGUAGCUAUUCUAUAUUAAGAACAAAGCUCUAAUAAGUAAUAAACCAUGAUACCUAACAUUCUUUAACUAAAGGCGUAUGUAGUUAACAAAACACAUGAAAGCCUUGGGCUCAUGGCAUUCUUAAAACUACGAUUUAUUUGGCGCCAGCAAGCUAAGCAUUUAACCUAUUGUGCUGAUUUACGUAAGUUCCAAACCACCAAUUUCAAUAGAAAGGAGUAUUAUACCCAAAAUUAUCAAAUGCCCCCACAAGGGAUGAAAGUUACAGGUGACACUGUUAUUUGAUAAAAAAUAUAUCUAUUAUAGAAAAUAGCAAUUUAUAGGCCAAACAACAUUUUUCCCAGCCCCAAACUUCUUUUUAAGUAAAGGGACUAAAAUCAUAAGUUUCCCCUGUAUACUCUCACAAAAUAGGUGCCAUAAAUUGUUACUCCAAAACAAAGGCUUUUUCCAUUACAUUGUUUAAAUAACUUCACUCUGUUUUGGUUCAAGUGUUUUACGUACCCAGGGCAAAUCUUUAGCUGUAAGAAAGCUGUGAAUAGGAGAUAGAAAAAGAAGGAUAAACACAGAAAAAUAGAUUAACAUAUUUUUUAGGGGAUAUCAUUUUUAUUUUCCUGGAGCCGAUGUCUUUCAAGGGAUUGCUCUGCAAUCCUUCUUCUUUCUUCAGCUUGUCUGUAGCUCUGCUAACCAGACAAGCCUCAUGCAGGUGCCGACUGUGGCUUUGCUUUCUUUACUGGAGCAGCCUUAUGGCUCCCGACAGAAAAGGAGUCUUUCUUAUUUUUAGACUCUGCGGCAGUCUCAGAGUAUGAGAACUCCACCUUCUGGUCUCCUUGAUCUAUUUGAGGCUCUUUCUUUCUUUUUUUUUUUUUUUUGUUUAUUUUAAUUUUUUAUUAUAGUUGAUUUACAAGGUUCUGUUAAUUUCUGCUGUACAGCAAAGGACUCAGUCAUAGACAUAUAUACAUCCCUUUUCUCGUAUUAUCCUCCAUCAUGUCCCAUCACAAGUGAAUGAAUAUAGUUUCCUGUCCUACAUAGCAUGUAUUCGAGGUUCUUAUUUACUAAUUUUUUACAGUGGUGACAGUUGUCCAGCAUUUUAAAUAUGCUUAAUGCCACUGAACUGUACGCUUAAAAUUGGCUUAAAUUGUAAAUGUUAUGUGUAUCUUACCACGAGUAAAAACAAAAAAGGGGCCACUCUACAGUACUAAGCAUUAAGAGAAUUUAGCUUCAGGAAAUGGGUAAUAUUAGAGGUGUAUGCUGGUGAGGAACUGCCAAAUUCAUUAGAUUUGGGCUUUAUCUUAUUCUUACGUGAACCCUACGAUCCAAGAGAGCUAAGGAUGCCUUGUUUUGUUUUGUUUGUUUAUUUGUUUAUUUAUUUAGGGGGAGGGCUCACUGGGGGCACGUGGAAGUUCCCAGGCUAGGGGUUUCUAUUCGGACCUAUAGCUGCCGGCCACCACCACAGCGACAGCCACGCCAGGAUCCUUAAACCACUGAGCAAGGCCAGGGAUGGAACCCGCAACCAUCAUGGAUACUAGUCGGGUUUGUUAGCGCUGAGCAACGACCAGAACUCCCUAAUGGUGACUUGUGAAUGCGGCCAAUGGGCCACCCCAGCGGAAGACCCCAGCAGCUCUGUGUUAACUGACAGCAAUCUCCCAGAAGCCUCAUCUUUAAGGGGGGAGGGCUCCGCCUCCAGUCCAACCAGCCUCCUUCAAUGUCAAUGGCUGUACGUUCUUCCAAUCAGAACGCUUUCCAAAGGCAGGGCCAACCGCAACGGGUCUAUUUCCUUUUGGCCCGCCCUUCCUUGCUUCCGAUUGGCGAGUUUCAAACCCACUGGCGCCAAUGAGAGUGGGCGCACGCGCGGCGCGCCUGCCUUACCUCCAGGCGCGGCCUUUGAAGAAAAACUGUCACUGGAGAAUCAUGGUGCGGCCGGGACUUUCAGCCGCCGCUGAAGAGCGGCGGAAAAAGCUUCAGGAGUACCUAGCAGCCAAGGGGAAACUAAAGUGCCAAAACACCAAGCCUUAUCUAAGAGCCAAGAAUAAUUGCCCAACUCUUCCACCUUCUAAAUCUACUAUUAGACCCCAAAAGGAUGUCACCAACCAUGAUGCUUUGCCUGCCAAAGCUGCAAGACCCAUCAGCAGUAAACUUCAGUCCAGACCUGCCAAUAUCACAGAGUCCCAGAGGCCAAAGCUGGAGCCACCCAAACUUCUGGGCAAAAGGCUGACUGCAGGAUGUGUUUCUUCCAACCCAACCUGUAAGCCUUCCAGGAGCAGUCAACAGCAGCAUGCAUUCAGAUCAUCUACUACUGGAGAACUGUCAAGAAAAACCGUGCAGCUGCUUAACACACAGGAAUUAAAAACUACAAAGCAGCAGGUAACAGAUCAAGGAAUUGCUAAAUAUACAGACUCUGUGGACAAUACCCAGGUUGAAAAUGAAUCCUCGGAUAGCUGUCUGAAAGAGAUGAACAAAGAGAACUUGCCCCAAACCUUACCAGACUCAGAGAGGAAGCCAGAUCCUGAAUUAAGGACUUUAAGUAAGCCAGAAGCUAAUCAAAGCAAGAGAAGUUUAGUUCCUACUAAACAAUCCCUGGGCAAAAGGUCAGUGAAUAGUGCUGUUCUGAAAGAAAGAGCUAAUAAACAAUUUGUUGGAAAAACACAAAUCAGGAUUCCCCCAGUGACAUCACAGCAACACUGUAGAAGAGCAGAUCUUUCAAGACCAGAGGGGAAGACCCCAAAAACAGUUCCCUCUCACUAUGUUCAGACACUUAAUAGGACUCAAGCAUCAAAGAAACUGAUGGCUAAGGACAUAAAGAAUAUGAAGGUUAAUAGGGGUAAAUACGAAAGGCCAAACGAAACUAAGUUACAGUCAUGCCCCAUGACUGAACAGAAGGAAAAACCUAACAAACCCAGAACAUACCCCAGUGUGCUUCAAGGAUGCAACAACAGACAUCCAAACAUUAAGCAAGAUCAUAAACCCACUCAAGCUUGUGUUAGACCUCGGACAUCGUAUGUACUGCAAAAAUCAAAAACUGUAAACCAAAGGCCUAAUUUGACACUUGGCAGGUUUAAUUCAGUUGUUCCAAGCACCCCUAGCAUAAAAGCAAAUGGAACUAAUGGAAAUAAAUACAACAACAGCUGUCAACAAAAAACAUGGACUUUGGACUCCAAAUCGAAAAGGGCGCUUCCCCAGAACUGCUUUCUAAACAAGACAGCUCCCAGAAUUCAAGCUGGUGGCACAACUAUAAAUGGAAGAAGAGUCCCAAAUGGGACCCAACCUAAUCCAAAUGUUAAGAAGACCACAGCAGAGGAUAGAAGGAAACAAUUGGAAGAAUGGCAGAAAUCUAAGGGGAAAAUCUAUAAACGGCCUCCUAUGGAGCUUAAAACCAAAAGAAAAAUUAUAGAGGAAAUGAAUAUUUCAUUCUGGAAGAGUAUGGAAAAAGAAGAGGAGGAAAAGAAAGCACAGCUUGAACUGUCCAAUAAAAUCAACAACACUCUGACAGAGUGCCUGCAGCUCAUCGAAGGGGGUGUACGUUCUAAUGAAAUAUCUGCCAUAUUGUCCAGUAUUCCUGAGGCUGAAAAAUUUGCUAAAUUCUGGAUCUGCAAAGCAAAGUUGUUGGCAAAUAAAGGCACCUUUGAUGUUAUUGGGCUGUACGAAGAGGCCAUUAGAAAUGGGGCCACACCAAUACAAGAAUUGCGGGAAGUUGUUCUUAGUAUCUUGCAAGAUCCAAACAGAACCACAGAAGGAAUUACCUCUAACUCUUUAAUUGCUGAAACUAAUAGAACAUCAAUAGAUGAGCUGGCAGAGAAAACGGAAUCUGGAAAGUCUUGUCUUUCCCCAAAAGAGGGGGAACAGGUUACAGCCACACCUCAGAUCACCACAUCAGAACAGGCUCCUCAUCCUGGUAUCAAAUUACAGAUCGCGCCCAUCCCUAGAAUGGGUGGAAUGCCGGAAGUGCAAGACAUGAAGCUCAUCACCCCUGUGCGGCGUUCGGCAAGGAUCGAGCGAGCUGUGUCCCGCUACCCAGAAAUGCUACAGGAGCACGACUUAGUGGUGGCUUCACUCAAUGAGCUCUUGGAAGUGGAAGAGACAGACUGUUUUAUAUUCCGCAAAAAUGAGGCUUUGCCUGUAACAUUGGGGUUUCCAACCCUUGAAUCAUAAUUUCUUGAUUCAUUUUUGGCUGCACCCACAGCAUACGGAAGUUCCAAGGCCAGGGAUGGAACCCACAGCACAGCAGUGACCCAAGCUGCAGCAGCAACAAUGCCAAAUCCUUAACCCACUGAGCCACCAGGGAACUCCUGGUGCUUUGCUUUUUUUUUUUUUUUUUUUUAAGAAAUUUCAGAACUUGCAUGAGAUGAGAAAUGCACUUAUCCAGGUGACCUGGAAGAAACUGUCUAAUGGAGGGGCAUUGUGGUGCAGACUAGGGGCUCCCAGUACCUCAUUCACUUAAUUUUCAGGAAUUAAUUCACUGGGCUUACUCUCAAAUUUUCUAUCCCCACAGGAAAGUUUGCUUUAUUUGUUUAAGACUGUAGUUUACCAAAGUUUCACAGCAUACAGCAAUUUGAAACUGUUGAAAAUUAAUUUCCCCCACAAAUAUGGUAAAAAUAUCAGAGGGUCAUUUCUGCAAAAUGAUAGCCUCUCCUUCCCGCAUCCACCUUAGCAGAGAAGGCCCAUCCUCCCAGCGUGAAAGAACGGAGCUGAGAAACCAGCCUUCCCCAUUGCGAGGGAUGUGACAGACCCUCUGGUCCAUUGCAGAUGAGUUUAUGCCAGCUGUGCCUUUGCUUGGAGAUCACAAAUGACUUUUAUGUGUGAUUGUUCACUUCCCCACAGAUUCCUGGAGAUGAGGGGUAACCCCUGUCUGGUCCCUGUCUGAGCUUUUCUAAUGAAACACGAUACUGAAUGGGGGUGCUCAUCAAGCUUUUGUCAUUCAAACCCAACUCUGCAUUCGUUCUUCAGAAGUCCUUCAAAUAAAAACAAAAGGGAGCCGCAGAGGGGUGGAGAGGACCCUUGCCUCUUCACAUUUUGCUCUGCUAGGGGACACCUGGCCUGAGAAGAAGACACCCCAGGCCCAGGGGCUCGAAUGGGUUGCCUUUCUUUCCUCCUGGGCAACUGCUUUUGGAAAGGUCAAAUCAGAAUCAUUCUGUAAAUAUGUAUAGAAAAACCUAUGUAUUUUAAAUUUUAGUUUUCUUAAUAUUUAUGUAUUAACUUUUAAAAAAUUAACUUGUGUUCA